CUUGAACCAGAUCGUCAACGUUUCAACAACAACUAAUCCCCCACAGUCCUUUCUCGUCAUUCAUUCUUCAUCGGUCGACUGCUUUUCCCUCGUUACCAGUUCAUAUUUCGAAAGAAUUAUCACAUCUUAGAUACUCUCACUCAAUCGCCACUCUUUUCUGUUGAAUCAUCGACAACGACUUAUGGACGCUCUUGACAGUCUAGAUACUGUCCGAAGGCGGGGCAUUGAUAGUGGAUUAGGAAACUUACUUGGUGGAAAUGGUGCUGCGAGCUCUUUUAUCCAGACGGCAGUAUCUGCUGCGGAAUCGGGCUCCGACUCGAACCCCUUUGGCGGAAUUGCUAGUGCUAUCAGCAGCAUUGUCGGUGGCGUGUCGCCCAUUGUCGGGUCUACCAUUACUGGUGCGACUAUCGUCACCAGCUCAAAAUCCACUUCUAGUAGUACCUCCACUGCAUCUAGCACCCCUUCGACAACAUCCACGUCGGCACCCACGCUCUCCACACCUCCAUCUUCUACUCCUACUCCUACUCAGGCAUCCACACCCGCAUCUUCCGCCUCUCUGAUCGUUAUCCCUUCAACUGAUGGCACCAGCAUUGUCUACGUGACUAGUGUCGCGACCAUUUCAGCGACUUCCACCGCUGCACCUGCUGUGUCAUUCUUGCAGAACAAGCCUUUGGAAGGCGGAGUUUUUGCCUUAGUUGGAAUCGUGAUCAUGGUGAUCAUCUUCGUCGUCGUCACGUAUACCAUCCGUCGUCGUCAGCGCAAUCGCCUUGAGAGCGUGAUCGCUGAUGCUAUCACGUUCGACCCGGCUGUGACUGAGCACUAUGGAGACGAGGAGAAGGGAAUGAACACCUAUGAAAAAUACAGGCUUAGUGGCAGUUCCUCAGGCCAUGGCCAUGGCUUCGGGUACGGUCCCCAGCCCGCAUACGCGCCACCGGUCCCACCGGUCCCUCCUCAGUACGGUUACUAUGGCUCACAAGGAUAUGAACAGCAGGCAGCUGCUUAUCGUGUCCCUUCCACUCAGGGCCCCGUCUAUAACCACGACAACGCGGUUAAUACGGGUGGUGCAGUUAGUACAGAUGGUGUGGUUAAUACGGGUGGUGCAGUCGAUCCAGAUGGUGCGGUUAACGCUGGUGGUGCGGUCAAUACGGGUGGUGCAAACCUUACUCGCAAAUAUUCAAACCGAAAGCCUGUUCCACCUCUUCUGCUAAAUCCCGUCUAUGACCCCUCUCGCUCUCCAGUUCUUCCCUCGCACUUCAUGCAGAAUCAGGAUACCCCAGUCUCACCGAUUGCUCUGUCAAUGAGCCCUUCUAUACCCCCAGGUGAUAUAGCGACUCCUGCGCUCCCUGCUCCUGCGCUCCCUGCUCCUGCGCUCCCUGCUCCUGCUCUCCCUGAUGACUUGGAGGACGAUCCUUACACAGGAAUGCUCAAGGUUGUCAAUCGCUAAAUAUACCCCAGUGAUCUCGAUAUCUCGAUACCCUCAUUGGCUGCUUCCACGUGGCAAUCGCUUGUUGAUUUUUGUCCGCCCAUGCUCUCUUGCCUUCAAUAUGUUCUGAGCAGCGCUCGCGUUUCUGUUUAUUUAUAGUUAUCAUUAAUGCAUUCUGAUGCGCUGUGCCUAUCAGAUAUGGUUUUUGAUUCUUGUCGAGCUAUCAUGAUGUAUACGGAGGGUGACUGGUCAUCCAUUCCACUGUGCAGUUGCGUGUUCCCAGCAUUGUUGUAUCCGUAGUGUUUUCUUGAUGUUUGCAUGAAUCAAAAAGUUUUAGAGUGUU